AUUACGGGAAUUCAGUGGACGCCGAGGUCGGUCACGUGACCGUCAGCCUUCGCUUCAGGUGGGAAUCCCAGAUAGCGCGCGAGCUCAUUUCCACAGGAUCACCGGCUGGGACAGGACGGACUUUUCGCUAACCGCGACACACACGCGAUUAAAUAUUCUAAAUGUCCUGUCCGGAAGAGAAAACGGACUGCUCGCGCCAAACCGGUACGAGUCGUCUGCUGGGUGCGGAGUGCGAGGCGUCGGAGGUGAAACGGAGGCGAAAGCAGCGAACCCUAACGCUGUGUGCGGUGUGUAAUAUUCAGCUGAACUCCAGCGCUCAGGCUCAGAUCCACUACAACGGAAAAACUCACCAGCGCCGACUGCGCCAAGCCAGCAGGGCCAAAACCAGCGGCGAAGCCAGAAACAGCACGGGAAGUCCAUCCCAGGGUGGCGCUCUGCUGACAUCACUUCCUGUUCAGCCCCAGAUUGACCUGAAGCACUUUCUGCCUCUGAGAGUAAACAGCUCAUCACCCCUCAGCCCCUUCUCCAACUUCAGUGCGAUGGAUCCUGUUCGGAAGGCGGUUAUCAGCCACACUUUAAGCAUCGCACAAUCGCUGAAGAAGAAACAAAUCAUCACAUGCAAUAUCUGUCACCUGCGCUUCAACUCAACAAACCAAGCAGAAGCGCACUACAAAGGGCACAAGCAUGCACGCAAGCUCAAAGCUAUAGACAAGCUGAAGAACAAGCAAAGGAUUCUGGGAAAGUCUGUGUGGAGGGAGAGGGAGAGAAAGAAACCAAUGGAGGGCGAGAUGGAGGACGGCAGUCUGUUGGAGAGGACAGCAUCAAUCUGUUCAUCACAGGCAUCAAACCCAGAAGACGUACGUGUUCAGGGGAUCUCAGUCACGCUAACACACAUUUCACACACUUCUGCCUCACAAAGGCUGUGUGAGAGCAAACGUAUCCCAGAAUCCCCUGCUCUGGUGCCUCCAGCUGACCCGAAGUGUUCGUGGGACUCUGAGUCCGUAGUAAAGGGAUACAGAAAGAGGAGGAAAUGCAGCAAGAGUCUCCAGUGUCCCGUUUGUAAAGUGACCGUCAACUCGGGCUCGCAGCUUGAGGAUCAUUAUAAAGGUUCUAAGCACAGACUGAUGCUGGGGGGUCGCUGUACAUCGUCACGAAAACGGGGCGGGAAAGUGUAUUCGUCCUGUGCCACACCCCGCCCUAAACGGCCAUCCGUCAACCCCGCCUCCACCGACCAAUCACAUCACUGCACUGUGUGUGAUAUAGACGUCAACUCAGAAGCUCAGCUCCAACAACACAUGAGCAGCAGGAGACACCGAGACCGAGCGACCGGGAAACCACCUACAACAAAUUUCAGCCCGUACAUCAACAACUCGGCUCACUCGGUGCUAACGACCAAGCUCACACUCCAGAAGGAACUCUCCAGAACGCUGACCUCCAACUUCCUAACGUCAGCUCUCACCCCCGCCACGCUGUGCGCCAUGGCAACCGGGCCUUUGUCUCUGAGCCACGUUCAUCCGCCAACCGCCAUAGUCCACGCCCCUCUGUUUAACCCCACCCUCUUUAGACCCGCCCUCCGCCCCCUGAGGACGGCUCACGGUCCGAUUGUCUUCUCUCCUUACUGAAAGAGACGGAACGUUUCAGACGUUUCACAGGAAGCCGCUCAGGAAGAGAACUACACGGCCACGACGAUUACCGGUUACGCUGCCGAUAUUCAAUAUUUACUUCUAAUAUAAAACAUUUCAUGGAAAUGCUCAUCGCUGUUACCGUCAACUCUCUGUAGCAUUUCUACUCGCGUCUAAACGCAAUGAAUAACAUCACAAUAGAUCCGUCAGGACGUGUUUAGAGGAAUGCAAAGCAAAUAUUUACGUAAAAGUAUUGAUGAAAAUGUACACAAGUAAUGCCAGUCAAACAUGAUUUAAAGAGAAAUUGAACACAGGAAAGCUAUGAAGGAAAUGCCAACGCGUUUUAAAGAAACAGUUGAAAUGAGGACAUGUUCCUUACAGUCAAACUGCAAAAGUAAGGAAGUAUUAGAAACUUGAAAGUAAGAGAAGUUUAAGAUGUACAUCAGGUCUUACGGAGAAUCGUGUCACGUCGAACGCUUUAAACAGGACUUGAGGUUUGUGACGGUCGUGUAAUAAAGAUCGUAAGGAAAUUUCACAAGAGUAUUAGUAAGCACAGAAGUUAAGCAUUUCAUUUAAAACGUGUGGAAAAUUAAAGACAGUUAUGAAGCAAAAUUUGAAAGAAAUUGUGUAAGAAUACAAUUAAUGACACUUUUCAAAGAAAACUGAUUUUUACUUAUUUUAUUUAUUGAUUUUUUUUUAAAAA